CAAUAUAUGAAUCACAUUAUGAAUGAAACGGGUGCAACUGUCACGCUACAAGGAUGUGGUUCUGGAAACUCUGAGAGACUGCAGGGUGAAGAAGCACAACAACCACUGCACUUAUUCCUGUCCAGUAACAAUCCUAAAAGUCUUGAUGAUGCCAAGCGUUUGGCCGAGAAUCUCCUCGACACUAUCAGUCUAGAGUUUGGUGCUUCCAGGAUUUCAUCAAGUAAGGUUUAUGUUGCAGUUCCACCUCCACAGCAGUUGUUGACUGGAGUUCAAGGUUCUGCAACCGAAAAAAGUCGAAAUGCUAGUUCAGCUUCUGGUUUGACAUCGAUGCCAGUUGCUCCUCCAGCUCCACCUGUGUUAGUCCCUGGGGUCACUGCGGGUUAUUCUCAAGGGAUGGCUGUGGGAAUGCCUAAUUCAUGGCCAACCCAGGCAAAUUCAGUUGGUUAUCCACAGCCUUUGGUUACUAGAGGGACAAGCUAUAUUGGAUAUGGUGGGAUAUGCCCCAAAGCAACACCAUUGCAAGAGGUAGCAUUAGCCCUUAGACAAUCAUCUCCGAUCUCCUCUACUGUUGUACCUGCAACAUCUGUAGCAGGUGCUAGCGUUCCUACAAUGUCAGGUGUCAGUACGGUAACCAGAUCAAGUGUUAGCUCUACUUUGCAUUCAGAGAAAGAGCAACGGCCUCCACAAAAGCAGAAGUUCCAGGAGUUGCCAACUGGUUCAAAGGGCUCUUCAAUACUCAACCAGGUACAGGUGCAUUUUCUGUUAGUUACCCUUCAAGCGAAGCUGAGGUAUACAAAUUUAUAUUAUUUGGGUACCAUAAUGGCCAAAUAUAAAGUCUUGCACCUUUCUGGCUUAUGUUCAAAUAGUUUACAAAUUCUGGUUCAUGACAGUCUUGUGUAAGUGCCAUAUUCAUUUAGAAAUCCUAGGCCAAAGUUCAUAUGGUGGGGAAUGUAAAGGACAAUGGUUCCAUCUUGCUAAUUCUUGAACUUCACUUUUUUAACUAUCUCAAUCCUGAGUGGCCUUAGCAUGGGUAGUUCCUAAGUCAAUCAGGUUUGUCUGCAUGUGUUGCCAUGGUUGAUGUCAUGGUUGCAAUCCUCUAUUCUGCCGACUCAUGCUGGUACAUGUGCCCCUUAUGUUUAUGCAUUCAGCUCAAGGCUCAUCCCCUUAGAUAGGGGAAGAAACAUUAUAUAAAAAGGGGAAACGUUUGCAAGUUAAUGUGAUUAAAUGUAAUAUGUUGCAGUAUGCUAUUUGAUUUAUGAUUAUAUUAUCUGCUUACUUUCUCUGCUUAUCAUUCCAGGUAUUUUCUCUGACCUAAAACGCUAAUAGGCUGAUACUCGACCUCUGUUGGGGCCAUUGGUUUGUAUGUUUCACAGGGUUUUCAGUUUUGAAGGAGCAAUUUGAUGAGCUUUUCCUGCUUCAAAACUAUGGCCAGGGACCAUUUCAAGAAUUUAACUCUUUGAUUGGUUGUGUAGGCCUCAUAUCAUGAAUUUUGCAUUUCUAGUGCCGUGCCUUCCAUGGCUAGUGUUAUAGAAUGAGCAGCUCCUACUGAAAAUGCAUGAAAUAGAUUUCAGUAAGUACAUAAGUUGAUGCCACUGGAACUGUUAUUUGUUGACAGUGACACUCGUUUUCUAAUCUUUUUUUAUUUGGCAUCUUGCCGCAAGAUACCUUAGUUCUUGAUUUGAAAAUUUCAAUCCUCGAUUGUUGGCUUAUGGAUCCUAACAUCUGUUCAGUGAGGGUCAAAUUAUCUAACCAAAUCAUGGCCUUUCUAUAAUUCCAUGUCAUUUUUUCUCUUGCAUAGUACCCUCUAGAUCUUAACAUUCUUCUUUCCCCAGAUGUUUCUCAUUAACUAUUAUAUUACUACCAUUGAGAAAUUAGGCUUGGAUUGUUUUUCUGUAACUCAUUUCAGGAAUCUGAAUCUUUGAAUCCAAACAAGCCAUUGGGAGAUUUAGGAGCAAGAAAUGUUUCGACUAUGCCUGUCCCAAGGAAGCUGAUUAAUCCAUUCAUGUAAUGGAAUGCCGCCACCACCUCCAAGAACCUCCGCCUCCAAAAGUCAUGAUACCUCCACCUCCACCCAAAUUCACGUCAUCUACACCUACUGAAAAAUUGCAUGACAAGAACAAAGCUAGCAGUAAAGCUAAACUUGAGGCUGUCCCUGACACCUUGAUUCAGUUAAUGUCUUAUGGGGAUGAAGAUGAUGAUUCCGAGGAAAACAGUGACAAAUCCUUGAAUAAUAACUCCAAUGCAAAUGGAGUUGGAAAACCAUUCUGGGCCUUGUGAGUCCGAUGGCUUCUAUCAAGCAAGUAUCAAGCAUGUGUUUUGCUUUGAUUCUUCUUGUUAUCGUAACCGGCUAACACUUAUCAAAUGCAAACUAGGUGGUAACUCCAAA